CAGAAAUGAAUAUAACUAUUAAUAACAAGAAAUUUUGAAAAGUUAUUCAGUUGUUUUGUUUCGCUGGGAUAUAAGAGAAAUACCUAUUUCAGGAAUUAGAUACCAAAACUCAGUAGCAGUCAAGAAAUAGUUACAAUGGGACAAAUAAGUUCAUGUGAAACUAAGUUGACUCAAGAGGAGACUAAAGAAGCACAAGAUCUAAAGGACAGAGUAGAAAAUGAAGGACCAGAGGCUAUUGCUAACCAUGUAAGGGAAAAUCUUGACAGAUGGAAGAAAGAGGAAUUAAAAAUAGGCAUUUCUGGUCGAAUUAAAACCGGGAAAUCAACAUUUAUAAAUGCUGUACUUGGUUUGAGACCUAAUCAACCAGAUGCUGCAAAAUCAGGCUCUGGAAAUACAACGCAGAACGUUACUCCAUGCAUAUGCACAUCCGAGAAAUGAACAAAUAGUUUUGUUCGACUUUCCUGGUGUUGGGACUGAGGAUCAUUCUAAAUCGAAAUACAUGACAAAAGUAAACGCUUCAGAAUGUGAUUACUUUUUAAUUUUUUUCGAUUCGGUCAUCAGCGAUGAUGUUAUCUGGCUGGCCGAACGCUUGAAAGAAAUCAACAAACCCUAUUGUUUUGUACGAUCAAUGAUCGACCAGGACAUUCAAAAUGCAGAAUUUGAUGGAAAGAAUUUAGAUACUGUCCUAGAGGAAGUCAGAGAAAACGUACAGACAUCUGUCGCUGCAAAUAAUAUCACCCGCGAUUCAAGCAUUUUCUUUAUAUCAGGUCGAUAUACAGAUAUAGGCGAAUUUCCGCAGCUACUGACUCACAUGGAGAAAAAUAUCUCAUCUUUAAAAUUUGAAUCAAUCUUGUUUUCAAUAUCUGCAAUAUCAAAGGAGGUAAUUGAAAAGAAAUACCAGAAACUGAAGUCAAGAAUAAGAAUUCUUUCAGUCGGAGCAGCCGCAAUAUCAGCAGAACCUAUCCCUUUCAUAGAUCUAUUUAUAAACAUAAACUUAUUGAUAUACGAGCUACAUCACUACAUAGAUACUUUUGGUAUUACUAUGGACAAAAUAGAAAGUUUGCCAGCUGAAGUCAAAGAAAGAUUAAAUGUUUGGAAUAUUCUAAAGAAAUCAGGUAAAGCUCUUGUUGUCUUAAUUACACAACAGAUCGGGAAAGCAGCUGCAGUUGCCGUUGUUGAAAGUGUUGCAGAUUUUCUCAUUCCUAUGAUUGGAUCGUUAAUAUCUGCCCCAACAACCUAUUUCAUAGUGAAAGAUUUUCUGAGAAAAUAUCUUGAUCAAAUGAAAGAAGAUGCUAUUAUUGUAUACGAUAAUGUCCUGCAUGCUCAGAAACAUCUUCAUACUGACGUACAGGUCUGCUAAACUUUUAAAUAUGAGCCUUAUUGAAUAAAGUAAUGUGUGUCUGGAUCACAUGGUAACCCCGGGAUCCUCAUCUAAAAGAAAGUUCAAAGAAGAAAAAUAAUUCAUUAAUUCCUCUCAUAUGCAUACACAGGCAAAAGUUCAAUUUGAAACAAAUUGUACAUAUAUAUUUAAUUUUUAAUGUGUAACAUAUUAAUAAUAAAGCUAGUUUAACUUUUUAGAUUUUCAAUACAAUAUUAUUGUAAUAAAAAAUACUAAAUCAUCA